CCCUAAUGUGGCAGUUACACUGGAUGUCAACGGUCCCCCUGACACACCUGUGAUCACUCCAAGUUCUCCAAUGACUGAAGAUGCUCUAACUACACUGACGUGUACAGCAGACAUGGGAUAUCCCGAUGACUGGACUCUGGUUUGGUCCAAUGGAGGCUCACCAGGUCCAAGUACGAGCUCGUCAGCAUCAGGUGAUCGCUACAGCUUCACCAGCAUGCUGGACUACACCCAAAGGAGACAGGAUAAUGGAAACAUCAUCACGUGUGUAGCACAGAGAGAUUCAGGAACGCGUAGUAGUGAAGGGACGCUGCCCAUCGACGUACAAUUUUGUGCUGAAGCAGUAAGCGUCAGUUGUCCAUCAAGUACAGCAUCAGGUAGCAUCGUGCAACUAUCGUGCAAUUCAGGCAGCAGCAACCCAGCAACCUCACUUGUUUGGUCCAAGAACAACGUGGACCAGUCUAACCCAAGCCAACCAGUAUUUACUGAUGGAGACUACGAUGGCCGAGAGACAACACUCAGGUUAACAACAGGGGCACUGACCAAGGCAGACAACAGAGCUGUGUACCAAUGCUGCCUUAUAAAGACGUCGCUAUGCACUGUGGAUAUGUGCGACUCAUGCUCCUUGAAUGUUGAAUACCGCCCGGAGUUUUCUUUGCCAACUGUUACGCCGACCGGUCCUAUCGUAGUGGGCGGCAGCUUAGUCCUGUCCUGCAGCGCAGAGGCCAAUCCUCAGCCCCCUGAUUUCAUCACGUGGGAGAAGAUCGGGUCUCCUGACUCCCUAACCUCUGUCUACAGCGAUGGAACAAGCACCCUGACACUAAGCAGCAUCAGCAGGGACCAGGCUGGGUCCUACAGGUGUCGCGGAAACAAUGGUGUACCACCUGUUGUCUUUUCAGGCUCUGUUGACGUCAUUGUGCACUAUGAAGUGAGCAUUCUAAAUAAGGUCGACACAUCAGUGGGGGCCAAAGAUGGUUACGAUGCUACCCUUGUAUGUGAAGGCAAGGGUAAUCCCCUCCCUCGAAUGACAUGGUCGCGUCCAGACGGUGUGGAGUUAAAUAAUGAGACCGACCCUGGAAGGAUAUUUCAGGUCGAUACCAUUCAUGAGGGGGAUGAUGUGUUUGGAUUCACCAUCAGGAGUACCUUGCACAUCAAUCCAGUGACUGGGACUGGAGACUACGGGUCUUACACUUGCAACAGCGGUAAUGGAAUAGGAAUGGUUGACACACUGACCGUUGUGUUGAAUGACAAAGUCACACCGCUGCCACCGCAAGAUGUGUCCGUCGAUCAGGGUACAGUCACAGCGACAUCUGUCACGAUAACAUGGCGUCCUGGCAUCGACGUCGGCGAACCUCAGUGGUUUUAUGUCAACAUCCGGGAAGUUGACACAACGACAGGGUUUGAUCCCAGCACUCGGGUGAGAAUCGCCGAUGGCGUCGUGAUGCACGUGAUUGAGAGUUUGAGUCCGUACACCAAGUAUGAGAUCGAGGUAUAUGCUGAGAAUGCUAAUGGCGUGAGCCAAAACGUCAGAAGGACUGCGACAACUCUACCUGAUACGCCAGAAAAGUUAGAUAUCUCUGUGACCACAAAUCAAGAGACUGGAAUCAUCUCAGUUGGUGGCAUUCCUCAAGAUGGCGACACCCUGUCGUGUUUGCGGCUUGAAGCACGUCUAACCAAUCAAGAUGAUUGGUUUGACUAUGGCGAGUGUCUUGAGACAAACACAGACUUGGCUCUACGUGAGGCUCGAUCUAGAUACUGCUAUGGAGACUUGUGUAGUCAGGCGACUACUGCAAUAACAGUUGCAGGACAGUCGAGUAAUGCAGGAUUGAUCGCAGGCAUUGCAAUUCUGGCCGUCAUGGUAUUAAUCAGCAUUGCACUGAAUGUUGUGGUAAUCAUGUACGUCAAAAGAAGAGGACCACAACCAGAAACCAAGAAACGUAUUUCAAUACCGAAAUUCAAGCCAGAAGACAAACGACCGGUCAUCAAUGAAGCAGAGGAAUACCAAGACUUGGACGUACCCCUACAGAUCCUGGCCGUAGGCGGGAGCCCCAACCCAGCUGCGUCGACCUACGCCAGCAUUUCUGAAACUCUCGCAGAGUUCUCACGAGAAAAGCUGACGAUCGUUCGUGAACUUGGACAAGGCGCCUUCGGGAAGGUUUUACUUGGGAAUGCCAAUGGUAUCGUCCAGCAGGGAACUGUAACGCAAGUGGCUGUCAAAACUCUAAGAGACGAUGCAGAUAUCACGGAGAGAGGCGAUCUGCUCCGGGAAUUGGACUUCAUGAAAAAGCUUCCGAGUCACUCUAAUGUCGUCAAACUCCUCGGAUUCUGCAUUGACAGAGAUCCAAUUUAUAUCAUCAUGGAGUACAUGUCCAAAGGUCAACUCAAGGAACUCUUGACGAGUAGUCGAGGCAAAGGCAAGUUGCAGGUGUAUAGCAACCUGCACGGUAGAAGCAAAUCUCUGACGUCUAAGGACCUCAUCAAGUUCGCUACAGACGUUGCUGAUGGAAUGGCAUUUCUGGCUUCACAGCAGUGCAUUCACAGAGAUUUGGCCGCCCGUAAUGUCCUGGUGGGUGAGAACAUGAUCUGUAAGGUGUCUGAUUUCGGACUCGCUCGUGACGUCAAGAACAUGAGAGUGUACCAACGGAAGUCCGAGGCUCGGUUACCAAUUCGUUGGAUGGCCCUGGAAUCGGUUGUUGAUGACGUGUACACAACAGAGAGUGACCUAUGGUCUUAUGGCAUACUUCUAUGGGAGAUUGUUACUCUUGGUGCUCGUCCUUAUCCCACCAUGAGCUUCAAGACAAUGAUUAGCGAGCUGCAGGAAGGAUACCGCAUGCCGAGACCAGAACAUUGCCAAGAUGAACUCUACCAAAUGAUGCUGGCUUGUUGGGAGGAGGAGCCCACAGCACGACCAUCUUUCACUGAGAUCGGUCAGAAACUUGAGAAACUGCUGGAGGGAGCGCAUGAUUACAUAACUCUGUCAGACUACCAAGAAUUUGACUACGAAGUGACGAUUCCUGAUUCUCCUGAUGAAAAGAUCUGAAACACUGAAGAUGCAUACUUACAGAGAAAGACAGUGGUUACAGCUAGAACAGGUGAUGGACAAUCUGAGCACGCUUACAAUUCUAUCACGAAGGCCCCUUCACUGGCAACAGCAUUGUGCUAGCAAUUCAGAUAAUCUGGCACAGGGCAGUUCAAUGGCAUGCACAAUGGUUUUUCCAUUGUUGAAGGGGAUUUCGUGAGUAUACAGUGAUGACGUGCGUGAAUUUGUCUACAACAAACUUGUAACCAUUUCUUACAUGUACACAUGCUGUGGGCACAAGUGCACGUAUUAUGAUUCCCGCUGCAGUUUUUCUUGUACAAAGUGUACUCUCUGGUUGUAAUACUGGCCCGACACAAUCAAAUGGCUAAAUCUUGGCGAGUUUGUCUUCCUGCACCAGGACUCGGCUAAUGGUUUUUACCAUCCUGAAUACGCCAACGUGGUAGGAGGGUGAGCUAUUAAGGAAAACAGGUUGUAAAGGCUCUGGAAGAAACAAAAGUGCAGUGUUCCCAGUGUUGUAGUACUCGUACUCAGUACUCGUACUCGAGUACUACUCGAGUACUUUUUCUGGAGUACUCGUACUCGUACUCGAAUGUCAAAGUACUC